UAGAAAGUACCGGAAAAACAUAUCAAAACUUCAAGUUGUAAUUCCAAUAGUUAUUAUUUAUUAGUGUGUGUUCUACAUGUAUAUGUGUGUGUUGUGAAGGAAUUCUUACGACAAUGUUAUUAUUACGACAAAGAACUACCGCUACUAGUAAUAAUAAUACUAAGAGUAAUAAUAAUGUUUGUGGUUCGUCGAUGAUGAUCAGUCGUCUACGUCGACGUAGUUCACAUUAUCGUCAUCACCAAUAUAUGAUGACAACCAAUAAUAGUGUUGUUGGUAAUGGUAGUGGGGGUGGUAGCAGGGGGGAUAAUAAUGAUAAUACUAGUAGUAGUGAUAGCAGUGAUGGUAUUGGUAGUACUGGUACACAUUAUCAUCAUCAUCAUUAUCAUCAUCACCCGUACUGUCACAGUCAGCACACUCUAUUGACAAUUUAUAUAAUAUGUUGCGUGGUUGCAAUUGAGUUUGCUGCAUGCCUUCGCUUAACAGAAGUACGAAUACCAAAUCAUACGGUACGCGAUCAAAGUGCUCGACUUGAAUGCCAUUACGAUCUAGAUGGUGAAGCAUUAUAUUCAGUUAAGUGGUAUAAAGAUGGUAAUGAAUUUUAUCGAUAUGUGCCAAUGGAACGGCCACCAGUUCAAGUAUUUCAAUUACCUGGCGUCACAGUUGAUCUACACAAUUCAUCAGAAAAUACCGUUGUAUUAUCUUCAGUGAAUUUGAAAAGUAGUGGUCGGUACCGUUGUGAAGUAUCUGCUGAAGCACCAUCAUUUCAAACUGUCACUGACCAAAGUGAUAUGAUUGUAGUUGCAUUACCAGAAGAGGGUCCACGUAUCACCGGUGGUCGUCCACGCUAUCAGAUUGGCGAUACAGUUCGCAUCAACUGUACAUCAGGUCGUUCUAAGCCCGCAGCACAAUUGAGUUGGUUCAUUAAUGGUGAACCGGCACCAAGUGACUUUGUUAAUGGACCAACAAUUAUAUCUACGGGACGAGAUGGUUUGGAAAUCUCAAUAUUGGGAUUAGAAUUUAUGGUACGACCAAAACAUUUUAAACGCGGUGAUAUGAAAUUAAAAUGCUUAGCAACAAUUGCUACCGUAUAUUGGAAAAGUAAUGAAGAAAGUGUCGAAGGUGAUCGGCCAAUUCGAGCCCCAGUGCGAGAAAUUGUGCAAGCGCCAUCAAAUUCACGCGCAGAUCGAGUUCAAGCUUCCACAACGAAUGAUUCCAGCGAUAGUUCUCGAAUAUCAUCAUCGAAAAUCUUAAUAUGUGAUCCAACACCUCUAACAGUUGAGGACAUUGUUUUGGUGGAGUUAGAUGAAGUUGAAAAUGAAGAAUUUCAGAUUGAUAUCGAUAAUUGUAAUUUUGACGAGAAUGACGAUGAUGAUGCUAACCACUAUGAAAAUAUUAAUUAUGAUGAUGAUCUGAAUAAUGUUGAUGAGGAAAAUGAUGAUGAUGACGAUGAUGACAACGAUGUAAGCGAUCACGAUGAAUAA